CGAGGAUCGGGGUCGGGGUUAGGACUGAGACUGAAUUCUAAGGUACAGAGCAUGUUUGAUACUGGUGAGGGAAGGAGCGAGGCAGACUUUACUCGGGGUCGGGACGGAAUCACCGAUCGGGGUCAGGGGGUCGGGAUAGGUACGGGGUGGGGUUUGGAUCGGGGUCGGGUUGGACUCGAGAUCAGGUCUAGGUGGGAGCGAAGCAAGAUCGGGAUGAGAACGAGUUCCCUGACUCAGGUGGAGAUAGUGGUUAAGGAUGAGGGUCAAGCCUCACCCUCAACAACUCCUCCUCCUCCCCUGACCCCUGCGCAGCGACGCAAGAAAGAGAUCCAAGAGAAACUGCGAGAGCAACAGGCGCUGCUCGCAAAGGCAGAGAGGCAAGAGGCUGCAGAACUGGAAGCUGCAACAAAUGCUUCCAGAAAAGAGCAUCUGCUGCAGCAGGCUCAAAAGACUUUUGCGGAUGCCAGAGUGGCCCAGUGUACAAGGGACCUGGCUGAGCUGAUAUUGUUGCAAGACAAACUUACAGCCAUCCACUUCACAAACUGGGAUGAGAGGAUCCAGCGGCUGGAGACCAGAGUGGCAGAUCUGGGAACUCAGCAGUCUAAGAUCCUGGAUGCUAUCCAGAAUCUGACUGCUCAGUUAACAGCAGCCAACGUCAUCAGUCCCCUGGUCCCUGUGGUCCCCUCUCUAAAGCCCAAGAAGCUUUCUCAGCCCCCUUCUCCACCUCCUUCUCCACCUCCUUCUCCACCUCCUGGGUCCCCUCAUUCUUCGCACAAGCCUUCUCCCUCUGUCUCCUCCCAGGCCAAGGCCACACCUCCUCCCACCUUUGCUGCGAUUAUUGCUGGGGACCAGCGAGGCCCCAAGAUUCCUGCCCCCAACAAAUUCAAGGGGGAUGACCCCAAGAUUGAUGUGGGGGACUGGGCAGCUGGAACCCGGGCCUAUCUGAAAGGGUUCCAGUGCCCAGAGCAGCAAAAGGUGGCCACUGUUGUGGGGCUGUUGGAGGGGCCUGCCCAGAAAUGGGCUACCUCUACAGCAAGCGCCCAGAAUCAGACUUUGGAGGACUGGGCCCUGGCACUGGCGGCUGACAAGCUUUUGCAGGCCCUGGAAGACCGGUUUGCAGACAAAGAGAGAGUCUGCAAAGCUGCUGAUAAAAUAGUACGCCUGGGCCAGCAACGUUAUAGCGGCAGUCUGCAGGCCUUAUUUGCUGAGUUUGAGCAGCUGACUUCCACCCCUGGAUUGGUUAUGUCUGCUGAUGAUUUAUUGACUAACUUUUGCAGGGCUGUGCCUGAAAAGUUUUGUGUUGCUUUGUACAGCGCCGGACACAAAGACUUGCGAUCGUUUGGACGUGCAGCACUGGACAUGGAAGCCAAGCUUCAUGUUCAGGCCCCCUCCAGUGAUAGGAGGAAAGGCGCCUUCCCUCCCGGUGGUAGAAAGGGAAAGGCGACCUUUGCAUAUGCGGGUUCUGGGUCAGCUUCUGAGACAGGAUCCCAGCCUGGAAGGAGAGUGGAGGAAGAGGAAGGAGAGAGGUGUCUGCUUGAGGUUGUGGACCAGUACGAAGAUCUGAUGCAGGAGCCCUUUGGGUUACCCAACCGGCCAACCAAGCAUCACAUUGAGCUGYUGCCUGGAGCGGUCCCUCCCAAGGGCCGCAUCUACAGGAUGUCACCUGCUGAGCUUGAGGAGCUCAGGCGACAGCUUGAGACCCUGACCAGCAAAGGCUGGAUNGCGGUCCCUCCCAAGGGCCGCAUCUACAGGAUGUCACCUGCUGAGCUUGAGGAGCUCAGGCGACAGCUUGAGACCCUGACCAGCAAAGGCUGGAUCAGGCCCAACACUUCUGAAUUCGGUGCUCCAGUCCUCUUUGUUCCAAAGGGGAGUGGUGAGUUCAGAAUGUGCAUAGACUACAGGGGUCUCAAGAAGAUCACUAGGAAGAGCACAGAGCCACUUCCUAGGAUCGAUGACCUGCUGGAUAUGGUCCAGGGCUGCACUAUCUUUGGCAAAGUCGACCUUAAAUCUGGCUAUCACCAGAUUGAGAUGGCAGAGGAGGACGUCCACAAGACGGCCUUCAAAACCAGAUAUGGCACUUAUGAGUACCUGGAUCCGACUUAUGGACCCAUCAUCAGGAAUCUGCAAGAAGAUCCCAAUUCUGAACCUGGCUAUGCUAUGAGUUCAGAUCUGCUGUACACCUAUAGCAGAGGAGAGGAGCGCUUGUGCAUCCCUGAGGAUCAGCAGCUGCGAACACUGCUGAUGUCAAAGUGUCACGAUGCUCGUGGACACUUUGGGUUCUUAAAGUCGUAUGCAGCCCUGUCGCAGCGCUUCUUCUGGAAGGAGAUGCGGAGUGAUAUGCUGCACUAUGUGGACACCUGUGAGCUCUGCCAAAGGAACAAGGUUCAGCGUAAACCUCCUUUGGGAUUGCUCAAACCCUUGCCCAUACCUGAUGGUCCUGCGCAGUCUGUAUCCAUUGAUUUUACAGACUUAGGCAAGACCACCCCUCGUGGCAUGUGUCAGGUUAUGGUCUGCGUGGACAGGUUUUCCAAAUACGCAGAGUUCAUCCCCUUGCCAGAGGUAGCCAGAGUACCGGCUGUGAGAGCAGCCUUUUCUGAGAGGUGGGUCACACACCAUGGACCACCCACCUCUAUUGUUAGUGACCGAGACCCCAAAUUCUGCAGCGAUGAGUGGCAGUCCUACUCCAAGGACUAUCUGCACUCACGCCUGGACAUGACUUCUGGUCGUCAUCCUAAAGCCAAUGGAUUGGCUGAAGUGAUGAACCAAGUCCUGUUCCAGUUGCUGCGCCAUGUGAUCUCCCCAGAUCAGCAGGAUUGGGAUCUCCACUUGGCGAGGGCACAACUCAUGUAUAACAUGUCUGUGCACUACUCGACAGGGUUCAAUCCCUACCGGCUACAUUGGGGACGUGCGCCACGACAGCCUCUCGAUGAUAUCAUCGAUAAGGCUAAGCCUAACCUUACCCCAGGCACUGCAGAGUUCGCCAGACGCUAUCGUCUGAAUGUGGAAAGAGCCCGGGCGAACUUGUUCAAGGCCCAAAAGGUCAUGAUUGAACAAGCUAACCGCCACAGGCGGCCUUCCCCCAUCCGCACUGGUGAUUAUGUCUGGGUGGCCAGUUCUGAGUUGUCGAGGGAGGAGGAUAUUUCUCCCAAGCUGCUGCCGCGCUACCUAGGUCCAUGGCAGGUUCUAGAUACAGUGGGCGCUGAUCCCUUUGGUCCAUCGUACGUCAUCGACGUUCCGCUGCAUCUACGAACCUAUCCGGUCUUUCACGCAUCUAAGUUGUUGCCUUUUACGCCAGCUGAUGCAUUCCCUGACCGGCCCCCUCAAUGGGGCCCACCAAUCCCUGGCAAGGGAUACGAUGUGGUGGCCAUUGAGGAUGAGUGGGGCACUGGCCCCGACCGACAGUAUCUUGUCAGGUUUGCGUUUCAGCCCCCUUCUGAGAACCGGUGGUUCUACAGAAGAGACCUGAUCAAGACAGCAAAGUCUGUUGUACUGCGAUAUGAGGCGGCUCAGAAGGGUGACCUUCGCCGUUCGCCUCGUCUGCACCCCUAGCUCGGAGGUCCUCGCUCCCGGGGAGGUUGGACUCUGUCUCCUUCUCCCUUUUGUCUCAUGCGUGUAUGGGCGUGUGUGAGUUCUUCUGGGUGUGAGUGGCAACCAAAUUGUCAAACAACCAAGUUCAUAACAGAGUGAUGUAGAGUAUAGAAAGUUCAGAAACACAUGCAGAUCACAGCCGUAGUGCGCAAGGCAUUCUACCAAUGC